CUUAAAUCUGUCACAUGGUUCAGCCUUGUAUAAAAUCUAUCAGUUUAUCAAACUAACUGUUUUCACGAUACAUGAGAGAUUGCUUAAUGUAUUUUUCAAGCUUGAUAGAAAACAUCCGGAACAUUUAUUUUGUUGUUUAGAAAAUACUUCUUGAUCACGCGUCUGUUUACAUUCUAUGGUUAUGUUCAAAACCCGUUUUGACGCUGACUUAUUAGAAAAAAUUCAAGAUGGCGAAAGGCACGCUGCCUGUUGAUAUGGAACUCCGAAAGGCAUUCCAAGAGCUGCAGACUAAGAUGAUAACAACAACACAGCAAAUCAAGCUGUCCAAUGCACAGAUAGACACCUUGAAGAGGACCGUGCAACAUUCUAAGUUGGUGGACCAGGAAAUUACAUCACUCCCACCAAGUACACGUACAUACGAGGGUGUAGGCAGAAUGUUCAUAUUGCAGCCAAUUCCAGAUAUUCAAAAGAAUUUGCAGCUCAAAGUGAAAGCUUCUGAGGAGAAAAUGAAAUCAUUAGAGACUAACAAAGUUUACCUGGAGAGAAAUUUAAAGGAGAGCCAGGACAACUUGAGGGAACUUAUAGUGUCAAAACAACAAUCAAGAUAGACUUUGUGUAUCCGUUUAUAGACCAUGUACUUUUAUCAUACUCUUCCCUUUUGGGAAUCGUUUCUUAAAUUAUAUUGUAAACAAUUAUAAAACAUUGCAUUUUAAAAACAAUUAAAAUGUAACCUAAAUUGACUGUUUUCUGUGACCUUGUCACUCGCUGUUUCUGAAAUAUUCAUGGUUACAACUCAAAAACAAAUCUAUUAAACUUUGCUAGUGAGCUUG